CACGAAACGUGUAGGUGUGUACUGUGUGCGACAAUUCCCCCCCGUCCGUCAUCCCAUCAGUCAUCAGGCUCCACUAUACCACCAUGGGUGAAACCACCAACAGCGCGACAUUGGCCAUUGGCCUUGCAAGCGCCUCGCUGUGUGCCUAUCUGGUCCACCUCGUGUUGCAGUGGCGACGUCUGUCGCAUGUCCCAGGUCCCUUCUGGGCAGCCCUCUCCAAGGGCUGGAUGGUUAGGGAAUCCCUCAAGGGACGACAGCCAAUCUCGUUCAAAGACGUCAACGACAAGUACGGUUCGCUUGCGCGUGUCGGGCCAAAUGAGCUCAUCACAAACGACCCAGACGUGAUGCGGAGGAUGAUGGCCGUCCGCUCUACCUACACGAGAGGGCACUGGUACAAUGCGAUGAAAUUCGAUCCCACCCGCGAUAACCUGUUCUCGAUGCGCGAUGAGGUUGCACAUACCAAGCUGCGAAGCAAGAUGGCCGCCGGGUACUCUGGGAAGGAAAACGAAUCCAUGGAAGGCUCCAUCGACGCGCAGAUUGCGCAACUCAUCCACCUAAUCGAGACCAAAUACCUCUCCACCGCUGACAGCUACCAACCGAUGAACUUUGACGAGAAGGCGUCGUUCUUCACUCUGGAUGUCAUUAGCACCUUGGCUUUUGGACAGGCCUUUGGCUUUCUCACGCAAGAUGGCGAUGUUUACGACUAUCUGAAGAUCACCAAGACGUACAUUCCGAUCAUGAUGAUCAUAGCAAACGUACCUACCCUGGCAGAUCUUCUUCAGUCGCGCUUUCUCCGAGGCUUGCUCCCAUCCGAGAGCGACAAGCUUGGCUUUGGUGCUUUCAUCGGCGUCGCCAAGAAGGUGGUAGCAGAGCGUUUUGGGCCCAAAGCCAUCUCUCGUCCUGACAUGCUUGGCUCCUUCAUCCGCCAUGGGCUUACCCAGGAACAGGCUUCCGGCGAGGCAUUGCUCCAGGUCGUUGCUGGUAGUGACACGUCGGCUGGCACCGUUCGGGCCGUCAUGUUGUACCUUUUGACUAACCCGACUACCUACCAGAAACUGCGCAUGGAGAUUGACAGAGCAACUGCAGCAGGAAACGUCUCUUCGCCUAUCAAGGACACCGAAGCACGCCAGUUGCCAUACCUUCAGGCCGUCAUCAAGGAAGGUCUUCGUCUUAUGCCGCCAGCGUCCGGUGUCAUGUUCAAGGAGGUCCCUCCUGCAGGAGACGUAAUUGAUGGCAAAUUCAUCCCCGGAGGCACAAACAUCGGAUCUUCACCAUUGGGCAUCCAUCGCUCCAAGAACAUCUUUGGCCCUGAUGCAGAUCUCUUCCGACCUGAGCGUUGGAUAGUCGCAAGUCCUGAGAAGUUUGCUGACAUGUCAAGCACCGUCGAUCUAGUCUUCCACUAUGGCAAAUACCAGUGCCUUGGCAAAUCUGUAGCGCUUAUGGAGUUUAACAAGCUCUUUGUUGAACUCUUGAGAAAGUUCGAUUUCUCCAUUGCCAACCCUGAGAAACCCGCUACCAUCUCAAAUGCGGGAAUCUGGAUCAUGGAAGAUUUCUGGCUUCGAAUUGAACACCGAGACUCGUAGGACUCGAACAAGAGAACAUCGAACAAGCAAGAAAGCCUCAAGUCUGAGAUAGCACUGUGGCAUUGUAUAUUGCUUUGGCUUCUUACAGUCUUUACGCGCAUACUACGUUUCACAUAAUAUAGCAAGCAACCAAUGAAAUCAGUACUAUAAACAGAUAAUGUGC